CGUCAUUCUAGUUUCUCACAAUAAAUUUAUUUAAGGAAAAGCAGUGAGAAGUUUCCAAGUGCGUAUUACACAGUAGGAGUUUGAUAAUGAGUUCUCGAAUCUUGCAGACGAAGUUUCCUGGUGUUGUUGAUGGAUUCAUUGGAGCAAUUGGUCGUACACCUUUAAUCCGUCUCGAGUCUCUUUCAAAAGAGACCGGUUGCAACAUUCUCGCGAAAGCUGAGUUCCAGAAUCCUGGUGGAAGUGUAAAGGACAGAGCUGCAUACUAUGUGGUGCGAAAUGCUGAAAUGAAUGGUACAUUGCGCCGCGGCGGUACAGUUGUAGAAGGUACCGCAGGUAAUACGGGAAUUGGACUUGCUCAUAUUGCCAGAGCUCGUGGCUAUAGAUGUGUCAUCUAUAUGCCCAACACCCAAUCUCAAAAUAAGAUCGAUACCUUGAGGUACUUGGGAGCUGAAGUGUUUCCGGUCCCUGCUGUCGCUUACACUAAUCCUGAAAAUUAUAACCACCAAGCUCGCCGUCAUGCCGAGUCAAUUCCAAAUGCUGUUUGGACUGAUCAAUUCGAUAAUGUAGCUAAUUUGCAAUCCCAUUACGAAACCACUGGCCCUGAAAUAUGGGAGCAAACUGGUGGUAAGGUUGACGGUUUUACUUGUUCUACCGGUACUGGUGGUACCUUUGCUGGUAUCACCAAGUUUUUAAAGGAAAAAUCGGAAGGUCGUGUCUCUUCCUUCGUAGCUGAUCCUCCUGGAAGUGUCUUAUACAGCCAUUUCAAGACAAAAGGAGAGAAGCCGGAUAACAGCGGUUCUUCUUUCACUGAAGGUAUUGGCCAAGGUCGUAUCACUGGAAAUAUGCAAUCUACCUAUGGUUUAAUUGACGAUGCUUUGAGAAUUCCUGAUGAAUUGUCUAUUAAUAUGUUGUAUCGUCUUUUAGACGAAGAGGGUAUAUUUUUAGGAGGUUCUUCAACCUUAAACGUUGUUGCUGCUGUCGAAAUGGCGAAGAUCCUUGGUCCUGGUAAAACUAUUGUCACAAUUCUUUGUGAUUCAGGUCAUAAGUACGCCACAAGAUUGUUUAGUCGCUCUUUCUUGGAAGCUAAGGGGUUGUACCACGCAAUUGAACCCCAAUACAAAAAGUACAUUGUAUUGCCUUAGAAUACAUGGGAACUUUCUUUUUGAAUUAUGUAUACUUUACUAUUUCCUCAAUGUUUUGGUUUAAAAAUACCCUUAAUGAAUGGUUAAUACAAUGUUGCUGAUGUAUAUUCAGAUGUAUAUUUAGGUAUAAAAAGUAUACAUAUACUGUCUGUUU